CUUCGCGGACCUUUUCUCUCCUUUUCAUGUUUCUGAGCCGAGCACGCGCAGACGGACACAUUGUGCCGGAAGUUCCAAGGCCUCUGAAGAAGGAUGGCAGGGGAAAACGUCCCGGUACCUCGGCUUCAGGGCGUCUCUGCAGAGGGCUUUAGGCAGCACCUCUACCCACAGAGAAAGCCUCUUGUGUUGAAAGGACUUGAUCUGGGCCCAUGUACAAGCAAGUGGACAGUGAAUUACCUAAGCCACAUCGGCGGGACCAGAGAAGUGAAGAUUCACGUGGCCAGAGUAGCACAGAUGGACUUCAUUAGUAAGAACUUUGUAUAUAGAACUUUACCUUUUAACAAGUUGGUCCAGAGGGCGGCUGAAGAAAAGCAUGAGGAAUUCUUUCUUUCAGAGGAUGAAAAAUACUACUUACGGUCACUUGGAGAAGACCCUAGAAAGGAUGUUGCAGAUAUCAGAAAGCAGUUUCCUUUGUUAGAAGGAGAUAUUAAGUUUCCAAAAUUCUUUGAGGAGGAGCAAUUCUUCUCCAGUGUCUUCCGAAUUAGCUCACCUGGAUUACAGCUUUGGACUCACUAUGAUGUGAUGGAUAACUUCUUAAUACAAGUGACUGGAACAAAGCGUGUUACACUGUUCAGUCCUCGUGAUGCCCAGUAUUUAUAUUUGUCAGGUUCUAAAUCAGAAGUGCUAAAUAUCGAUAGUCCAGACUUGACUAAAUAUCCACUGUUCUCCAAGGCAAGAAGGCAUGAAUGUUCCCUUGAAGCCGGUGAUGUGUUAUUCAUUCCUGCUCUAUGGUUCCACAAUGUAAUUUCUGAAGAGUUUGGAGUGGGAGUGAAUAUCUUUUGGAAGCACCUUCCAUCUGAAUGCUAUGACAAAACAGAUACCUAUGGAAACAAAGAUCCAACAGCAGCAUCAAGAGCUGCGCAGAUUCUCAACAGAGCCCUGAAAACGCUGGCUGAGUUGCCAGAGGAAUACAGGGACUUCUAUGCACGGCGAAUGGUCUUACACAUUCAGGACAAAGCCUACAGCAAGAACUUUGAGUAAAUAAGGAAGUGAAUCCAGUGAAUAUAAACCUUGUAAUAAAAUUUAAUUCAAAUAUGGGAAGAGAAUAACAGGAUGUAAAUUAAUUUUUAAAAGAUUGACGCUUUGUUAAAACCAGAACAAUAAAUCAAUCUCAGAUUUAAAGAUUAAA